AUGGAAAAGCUGUUGUUUGCCUCAAAGUUAAGGUCGGAGUCGAGUUCACCUCCCUCUCGGAGUUCAUCGUCUCGAAGGAAGAAAGGGGAUUCUAAGGGGAAAAGAAGGAGAAGGAGAAGUCGGUCUCUUUCAUCUCCUGAAUAUGGUGAGAGAGCCAAGCGCAGGUCGAGAUCAAAUUCAAAGAGAAAAGAUCGGCAUUCGUCAUCACGGGAUUACAUCACCGAGUUCAGGCGUUCCCCCAGUCCCAGCCCAUCUCGUGAUCGCAGUCAUAAGAGGAAGGAGGAGCGAUCGAGAGAUGGAGAGUCUUCGUCGAGCUCUCGGAGUUAUGGGGAAGUGAACAAUGAUAGGGGUUCACUAAGAGACAAAGAAAGACUUCCUGUCCAAGUCAAAGAAGAGGCUACCUCACUUCCUCCACCCCCUCCUCCACCCAUGAACCAGCCCUACCCUCUUACUAAGGAGCAAGUUCGCCUGCUUCUUCUUUAUGACUUCCGAAUCAAGAAGAAGGCAGCCAAUUCCAUCGCUGACAUCAAUACCGCGUUUGGCCCGGACACUGUGUCCAAGAGCACUGCCUAUGAUUGGUACAGUCGCUUCCAGAAAGGAAAUGAAAGCCUGGAAGACCAGCCACGCACCGGUCGUCCUUCGGAGUUUGAUAACUCUGCCUUGCAGGAGGCACUGGAGGCCAACAACCGGCAAACAUCGCGAGAGCUUGCGGACUUGCUGGAGUCUGGAAUAGAAGCUGUGGAGGAGGCAAGGAGAUGGGCAGAUGCUCUUCUGUCCAUUGGAGGUGAGGGAUUCGCACCGGAGACAUUUCACUCCUCUCGUUCUCAAAAAGCCUCAUCUCAGUCCUUCCUCUCUGCCCCAACUAUAACCGUGAUUGGCAAUGGAGCAUCUGGCAGUGAGAGUCAGAUCCACCAAGAUGCUCUCCUCCAUCCAGCAGACUCAACAUUAUAA